UGACUACUACAUUUCCCACAAUCCCACGCGGCACGUAUUGUGCUCCCUGCGUCACGUGUCCUCCCAGCUUCCGGUCGCAGUGUAAUGGCUCCAUGACACGGUUGUUUGGAGGAGAAGCUCGUUUGGGUUUUUACCGUCCACACGAACCACCGCCGGUCCCCGUUAGUCUGACACCGUGCCGCGAUGGAGGCGGUCCCCCGGAUGCCGAUGAUCUGGCUGGAUCUGAAGGAGGCUGGGGAGUUCCAGUUCAGCCCGGCCGUCAGGCAGUUUAUCCUGAAGAAUUAUGGAGAGAAUCCGGACAACUACAACGAACAGCUGAAGAAACUGGAGACGCUGCGGCAGAGUGCGGUGAACGUGACGAGGGAUUUCGAGGGAUGCAGCACGCUGAGGAAGUACUUCGGCCAGCUGCAUUACCUCCAGAGCCGAGUCCCCAUGGGAACAGGCCAGGAGGCCGCUGUGCCCAUCUCAUGGACUGAGAUUUUCUCUGGGAAAACCGUCACCCACGACGACAUCAGCUACGAGCAGGCCUGCAUCCUGUACAACCUGGGAGCUUUGCACUCCAUGUUGGGAGCUAUGGAUAACAGGGUAUCUGAGGAGGGCAUGAAGGUGUCGUGCACACACUUCCAGUGCUCGUCGGGGGCGUUCUCCUACCUGAGAGACCAUUUUAGCCACAACUUCAGCGUGGACAUGAGCCACCAGAUCCUCAACCUGAACAUCAACCUUAUGCUGGGUCAGGCUCAGGAGUGUCUUCUGGAGAAGUCCAUGUUGGACAACAGGAAGAGUUUUCUUGUGGCUCGCAUCAGCGCUCAGGUGGUGGAUUACUACAAGGAGGCCUGCAGGGCUCUGGAGAACUCGGAGACGGCGUCCAUGCUGGGAAAGAUUCAGAAAGACUGGAAGAAACUGGUCCAGAUGAAGAUCUACUACUUUGCUUCUAUUGCACAUCUUCACAUGGGGAAACAGGCCGAGGAGCAACAGAAGUAUGGAGAGAGGCUGGCGUACCUACAGAGCUCCUUGGACAAACUCAGUGAAGCUAUCAAGCUGGCCAAGGGUCAACCUGACAGCGUGCAAGAGGCCUUGAGGUUCACCAUGGAUGUUAUCGGGGGAAAGUUUAAUUCAGCCAAGAAGGACAACGACUUCAUCUACCACGAGACGGUUCCUUCUCUGGAGACUCUGGCCUCAGUCAAAGGUGCCCCGCUGGUCAAAGCUCUUCCAGUCAACCCAACAGACCCCAGUGUUACCGGACCAGACCUGUUUGCCAAGUUGGUGCCAAUGGCUGCCCACGAAGCCUCCUCACUGUACAGUGAGGAGAAGGCCAAGCUGCUGAGGGACAUCAUGGUCAAGAUUGAGAGCAAGAAUGAGACGCUAGAGCAGUUCAUGGACUCUCUGGGCUUGGAGCCUGAGUCGGUGGACAACCUGGACAUGUACAGCCACAUCCCCCCGGUCCUGAUGGAGAAGUGUGCUGCUCUCAGUGUCCGACCAGACACCGUCAAGAGCCUCAUCCAGUCCAUGCAGGGGCUCUCGGGUGUCUUCACCGACGUGGAGUCUUCACUGAAGGAGAUCAGAGACGUCCUAGAGUUGGACGAGGCCGGCGAGCGAGCCCUCCAAGAGGUUGGUGGACCCACUGUGGGCGAGGUGCACCCAGCAGCUCAGGCCCACGCUCUAGCUGAGAUCCGCAGGGACCUGGAGAAGUACAUGGAGGCCCAUGAGAAGGCCAGUUUUACCAACACGGAGCUCCACCGGGCCAUGAACCUGCACAUCAGCAACCUCCGUCUGUUGGGGGGGCCUCUGGAAAGUCUGAAAGAUGCUCUGCCUCGACCCCAGCUCAGCGAAGAGGAAGUAGCAGGGCUGCAGUGUAUGAAGCGAAUCCUUGGGAAGGUGCAGGAAAUGAGGGAACAGAGAAGCUCUUUGGAGAAGCAGCUUCGUGACCUGAUCCAGCAGGACGACAUCACCUCCACCCUCGUCACCACCGAGAGGGCCGACAUGAAGCGUAUAUUUGAGGAGCAGCUGAAGAAGUACGAGCAAGUCAAGGUGUAUAUUGACCAAAACCUGGCAGCUCAGGAGAACAUCCUGAAGGCACUGACUGAGGCCAACGUCCAGUACGCUUCGGUACGUAAGGGCCUGAGCCAGACUGAGCAGCAGUGGAACAGCACCGUUCAGGGAUUAGUGGGCUCGUAUGAAGCCUAUGAGGACUUGAUAAAGAAGUCUCAAGAGGGGAAGGAGUUCUACGAAGACCUGGAGACCAAAGCGUCACGUCUGCUGGAGAGAGCAAAGACCUUGUGUCAGACGAGGGCUGAGGAGAGGAAGCCCACCCUGGAAAAAGAGACCCAGAAGAAGCCUCCAGCACGGCCCACAGCUGCUAAGCCCUCCUUGAAGCCAAAGGCUUCGGAUGUUGACUCUAGCCUGGAGGACCCAGAGUUGGCCCAGCUUAGUGCAGCCAUUUUGGCCUUAGGUGGCGACCUACCUGAGGAACUCCGUAGCCUCCCCCCAGACAUUCAUUCUUUCCCCACCACAGCAGCUCAUCUGCCCGGUCCUGAAGCCUUUGCCCCCCCUGGUGCUAACCUGGGUGGCAGCAGCUCUCUGCCUUGGCACGGUGCUUCGGUUGCUGGUCUUCCUCGCUUCCCUGCCAACCUGCCUCCUCCAGAGCUCCUGGCACGGAUAGCUCAGUUUCCUAUGUCUGGGGGUCUACCACCACAGGGACCUAUGCCACGGGGGCCCCUUCCUCAGAUGACUAAACAGAUGCCUACACCACUGCCAACUCAGACAGCUGUGUCAGGUUAUCUUCCAGCCCCUCCUCAAGCCCCCCAACCUGGACCUGUAGGCCCUGCCCAAGUCCGGCCCUCAACCACCACUGUGGAUAGCAUCCAGGCCCCAAUCCCCAGCUACGCCCCUACACCACACCACCCUGUCCCACCUGCAGCCUCAACUGGCUACACUGUACCCCCACAAAUGGGGGCCUACCCUCACUUUAUGCCCCAACCAGGAAUGCCCAUUCAUGGCCCAACCCAAAUUCCGGCACCCCAACCACAGCAACAUAAACAGCCGCAGCAGUACCCUCAACCCAUUGGGCAACCACUGCCUCAGGGAUACCAGCCUGGACCAAGGGCUAUUCCUGGCCCUCACCCUUCUCUCCAGACCCAGCAAGGCUACCCCCCACGUGGAUAUAUGCCCCCUCAGCCUGGUGUUCCUCCCCAGUACCAGCAGGCCUUCCCAGGUCAGCUGCAGCCACAUCAACAAAAUGGCUAUCAGCCCCGGCCUCACAUACCCCAAGGCUACCAGACUCCACAGGGCUAUGUACCCCAACAGCACCCUCAGAUGAUGCCAGGCUCCAUGCCAAGGCCACCUCAAACUGGGCAUCCGCAAAUACCCCCAACUUCUCAGCCAGGACCUCCAGUAUCUCAACCCUACCUGCCCCAUCCCAACCAACAGAUGCCCCCUGGACUUCCUCACCAACACAUGUUGCCACCACAGCAGCAAAUGCCAAUGCCCCCUAAUACCCAGCAGAUACCACCCCACCCACACAUGCAGAUACCAGGUGGCCCAAGAGUACAAAUCCCCCCUACAAGUCAGCCAAUGCCCCCAGUCUCACAGAACUAUAUGCCCCCCACUAGCCAGCCCAUUCACCCAGGCCUGCACCCACAGAUGCCUCCUGUCUCACAACCUCACAUGGUCCCUGGUCCUCAGGUCCACCUCCAAAGGGGCCCUAUGCCACAGAUGCCCCCUAAUGCACUACCACCACAACAUCACCCCCAUCCCGGACAGCCUCCUAUCCCAAACAUGCCACAGCAGCCCAUCCGGAUGCCCAGCCAACCCCAGGCUCAGCCCCCUCAUUCUGGUGGAGUAUGCUACCCUGGUGGGGCUCCCAUGAUGCCUCAGCAGCCCCUGGCACCACAGCCAGCAGCUCCCCAACAACCUCAGGCUCCUCUUCCUAUGACCCAUCCACAGCCCUCUACUAUGUACCCUUCAGCUCCAGGAGCUAAUGUACCUCAAAGUGCCCCACAGCAACCCACUGCCAUGGGCCCACAUGGUCCCCACAUUCCCCCUGCUCCACACAUGAUCCAGCCCUCUCCUGGAGGUCCUUCAGUGGCUCAACCACCCAACACGGUCCCUCCUUCCCCAUCGCCUUCCCCCUCCCCAUCUCCCUCUCCAGGUCCUACCUCCUUGGGUCUGAAUCCCCAGCAGAGACCCACACCAACCCCAACCCCUGGAGGCACAGCUCCACCCACUCUUCCCUCUCCCUCUGCCGUCUCUCCCUCCACGUCGCUGUUUCAGCGCCAGAACUCAAGCACAGACGACCUCCUCUCUUCGAGUCCUGAGAGCCAACCCGGAGGCACCAAGGCCCCCACCAAUGUCCUCCAACCUACCAAAGCUGACCCACAAGAUGGGGAGCGUCGAAAAAAGAGCUCCCAGGGAGUCCUCGUGAUCCAGGGUGACCCAUACCAAGCUCCAGAGCGCGUCGCCCGUCUUCACGGUGAACUGGAACGUUAUAGAUCCCAGGUCGACUCCUUGGAGCACCCCUCAGAAAACGAGGGUGGCCUGUCGGUGCUGGACGCCCGCUGGAAAGAACUACAAGACCAACAGGAGAAGGACGCCCGACAACUCUCUAUCGCCAUUGCCCGCUGCUACACCAUGAAGAACCGUCACCAGGAUGUCAUGCCCUAUGACCUCAACCGCGUGGUGCUGCAGUCGGGCAAAGACGACUACAUCAACGCCAGCUACGUGGAAGACUUGUCGCCAUACUGCCCACGCCUUAUCGCCACACAAGCUCCGCUCACCGGCACAGCGGCAGACUUCUGGUUGAUGGUGUACGAGCAGAAGGUGUCACUGGUGGUCAUGCUGGUUUCAGAGCAGGAGCUGGAAAAGGGAAAGGUCGUGCGCUACUUCCCAACGGAGCGUGGCCAGCAGCUCUCUCAGGGACCAAUCACGCUCAGCCUAACCACGCAGAAGACAGCACCGACGCACGUGGAGCGCAUGAUCAGCCUGCAGUACCGCGACCAAAGCCUGAAACGCACCGUUGUCCAUCUCCAGUUCAUGUCCUGGCCGGAGCUGGGGCUUCCUGACAGUAAGAGCAACCUGCUGCGCUUCAUCCAGGAGGUUCAUGGACACUACCUCCACCAGAGGCCCUUACACACACCUGUCGUGGUUCACUGCAGCUCGGGUGUGGGACGGACUGGCGCCUUCUGUCUGCUGUACGCUGCACUGCAGGAGCUGGAGGCAGGAAACGGGAUCCCGGACCUCCCGCUGCUGGUGAAGAAGAUGAGACAACAGAGGAAGAACAUGCUGCAGGAGAAGCUUCACCUGAAGUUCUGCUAUGAGGCCGUGUUGAAGCACGCCGAGCAGGUUCUCCAGCGACACGGCAUCACUACCGCCACCUACAGCAAGAACACCAACUCUGCAGCCACAAAGCCUUACUCCAGACAGGAGUCCCAGCAGGAUCUUGUCCUCGGUGGUGACAUGCCCAUCAGCUCCAUCCAAGCCACCAUCGCCAAGCUCAGCAUCCGCCCGCCCAGCGCCACAGACCCCGCCAUGGAGGCUCCGUUUGGCCUGGAAGAGCAGGUUGGCGCCAUCCUGCCCGACCUCACCUCGCUGGGUGACGUCCAGGUGCUCCAGUUCCCCUGCCCCCCCACGGACCCCCAGCCCCCUUCCUCUUUCAGUCCACCUCUCGCCUCCCCCACCCACUGCACACCGCCACCACCCCCCAAUGGUUUGGAUGCAGUCUCCCCCUGCACGCCACCAGCAGCCAACCACCAGCCACUCCCUGAGGCGGGGUCCAGUGUCAGCCCGCCUCCUCCGGCUCCCUCGUCUCUGGAGCUGCUGGCCUCGCUGACGCCCGAGGCCUUCUCCAUGGAGGGAGGCGGGAAGGGGAAGCAGCGGGUGACCAAGCAGAGCUUCCUGCAGCCUGCGGAGGGUCAGGGGCUGCAUGGGACUCGAGGGGAGGAAGGCGGCGACGACGACCCGCUCAGCAGCCUGGACCCCCUGUGGAGCCUCAACAAGCACUGAGACGCCCACAGCAAAAGCCUGUAGCUCUUUCUAAUCCUGCUUUUAAGACGGAAAACAGCGAAUCCUGACACAUUUUUAGCAGCGUUGAUUACCAAGACGUGCCUGGUGGCAGACGGUAGGGGUUCACAUUUGUUAGUUAGUUGUAUUUCCAUUACUGGUGGCUUCUGGGACCAGAUCACUAUGCACUCGUCUGUAUUCCUUUUAUUCCUUCAGUCGCUCUUUGUUCUCCUUUCUACGUCUGUGAUGGAUGGACGGACGUUCUGCACUUCCAGAUCUGGGUUUAAAAAAAUCACAAAAGCAUGCACUCCACUUUCACGCGCGAUCGCCAAGAGCUCGCCAGGGCGGCGUGAGAUGAUUCUAAAGACUGGAACGAUGGAUGCAUGGAGGAGCCGGGUGGAGCUUAAAGGACACACUUAAACCCUGCGCCACCUCCCCUAAUUGUCAACUCAAUCAGUUGUCAUGGUAACGGAAGCGUACAAAUCAGCACGUCUUAACAAGUUGAUUCUUUUUCCUCUUCUUCAUCUGUAACACUGUAAAUAUCAAAUAAAAUUAGAAUAUUCCAAACGUUCACUAAUCAUCAUCAUUGUAAAGACAUGAAAUAAAUCCAGUAGACGACA